AUGGCCAAUCGGCUCAAGAACGCACCCGCCGAGGAAUCGGCGGACAGCGCCGCCCGUGACAUCGUGGUUGCGAAGUGCGAGCGCGGCCUGCUCGCGCCCCAGGGCCAGGACAAGGACUGGGCCGAGGCGCCGAGGGAGAGGCUGCGCAAGCGGCUGGAGAAGGCGAAGCAGCAGCUGUUCGCCAACAGGCCGCUCCAUGCACGGACGCACGCCCUCGCCAACAAGGCCAAGCAGUGCGCCGAGGAGCUCGAGAAGGCAGCGGCGGCCAGGGGCGAGGCUCAGGACGCGUUGCAGGCACCCAAGCCAAGCACGAGCUUGCGCGCGGAGCAGGCGCACGCCCACCUCGUGGCCCAGCAGACGACGUUGCAGGCGGAGCUCGCC